GGCUGCGGAUCCGAGGACGCAGGGGGCUUUGGAGGCAGAAUCCCGGACAGACGGCGCUGGGCGGGGCUCGGCGGCCCCCAGGACUGCUUGGGACGGGAAGGGUCGAGCGACGAGCUGCUCGCAGGCGGGGAAAUGGUGGUGAGAGAAGGGCGGUGUGGCCGGAGGCAGCGGGCGCUGCUGUGCUGCGUGUUGGUGGCGGCGUGGGAGGCGGCGUGGGGGCAGCUGCGCUACUCGGUGCCCGAGGAGCUGCCCAAGGGCUCGUUCGUGGGCGACGUGGGCAAGGACCUGUCGCUGGAGCUGGCGUCGCUGCGCGCCCGCGGCGCCCGAGUGGUGUCCCAAGGCAGGACGCAGUAUUUCGCCCUGCAUGCGAACAGCGGCCACUUGGUGACGGCCGAGAGGAUAGACAGGGAGCAGCUGUGCGAGACUGUACAGCAAUGCGUGCUGCGUUGUGAGGUGAUCGUGGAGGGCGAGAUGAAGGUGUAUGUAAUCGAAGUGGAAAUCGUGGACACUAAUGACCACGCGCCUGGCUUCCGAGAGGCAGAAACGGAACUGAGAAUGAACGAGAUGACAGUCCCGGGGGAGCGAUUUCCUCUGCCCGAGGCAAACGACCCGGACGUGGGCUUGAAUUCGCUGCAGAGGUACGCGCUGAGCGGCGACGAGCACUUCUCGCUGUCCGUGCAGGCGGGAUCCGACGGCGAGAAGCGUCCCGAGCUGGUGCUGGCCAAGGCGCUGGACCGGGAGGAGGCGGCGUUUCACGAGCUGCUGCUGAGGGCGAGCGACGGCGGCGAGCCGGCGCGGACGGGCACGGCGCGCAUCCGCGUGGCUGUGCUGGACGCCAACGACAACGCGCCCGCGUUCAGCCAGGCGGUGUACACGGUGCGAGUGCCCGAGGACGUGCCCGUGGGCUCCACGCUGCUCAGCGUCACCGCCAACGACCCCGAUGAUGGAACCAACGGAGAAGUGAAGUAUUCUCUGCAAAGGAUUUCCAUGAAAGCUUCGAACAUAUUCCUUCUGGAGCCCGAAACGGGAUCGAUCACGCUGGUGAGGAACCUGGACUUCGAGGAAGGAGACUCCUACGAGCUUCUCGUGCAGGCUCGGGAUGGCGGUGGCUUUUCUGACAAGACUAAAGUGUCGAUCUCGGUGACGGACGUGAACGACAACGCGCCCGAGAUUUCGGUGCGGUCGGCGCUGAGCGAGAUCUCGGAGGACGCGUCGCCGGGGACGGUGGUGGCCCUGCUGCACGUGCAGGACCGCGACUCGGGCGCGAACGGGGAGGUGCGGUGCAGCCUCGGCGAGGGCGUGCCGUUCCGCCUGGAGCGGGCGCUGGACGACUACUACAGCGUGGUGACGGCGCGGGAGCUGGACCGCGAGCGGGCGUGGGAGUACAACGUGACGGUGCGGGCGGCGGACGGCGGGUCGCCGCCGCUCUUUCAAAAUUGA